AUUACAACAAACAAAAUACGCUAGAACAACUAAAAAAUAAAAUUGCGCGCUAAAUAAAAUAAAUGUUGUUAACUAAAAAAUAUUAAUUUUUCACAAAAUAUAAUUUUUACAAAAAACAAGCAGUUAAAAAUAAUAAAUAACAAAAAGCAGCAAUUUUAAUAUUGUUUUUGACGCUUAAUAUAAAUACUACUGAGCAUUCGCAAUAUCUGUGCAUCAGUCCGGUGUGCAAAAAAAAUCAAAACAACAACAAUAAUUUGCAAAUUUCAAGCGAAAACAAUACCAUAAUCCUGUUGCGUCCAACUGCAUACACAGCUUGCGCACAAUAAGCACAAAACUCAUGCGGUACUAAUAAUAUGCCCAGCAACUGCAGCAUCCAUAAAAAUUUACCUUCUCACACAGUAAUUAUAACGUAAAAGCAACUACCUACAAACAACUUUGUAAAGAUCUUUACAAGUAAAAAUAUACUUUAAUACUUUAGAAGCCGAAAUAAAAUUUAAAAUUCAAUAGAAAUUAACUAGACAUGCUGUGAAUUUUGUGCGAAAUAACGAAACAUAAAAAUUAUUCUCUCCGAUUUAUUAAUUAAUAAAAAACUUAAAAAAAGUGAAUUUAAUUUGUGUAAAAGCUAUAAAGAACAAGCGUCGAAACUGCUUAUAAUUUGUGAAAAACAACAACAACAGUGUCCAAGCACGCACGUGAGCUUCACGCAAACCAAGCAAAGCACCAACAAUCUCCCGCAGUCAUUCUAAAAAGGAUUAAAAGUGGAAGACAUAACGGCAAAAAUGGUUAAUAAACAAUAUACAGCCACCGAUUUGGAGGCUUUUAUGAAACUCGCCGUCAAUUGGCAGAACAGCAAUCACAACUUGCUGGAAGGAGUUGAUAUAAAAGGAGAAAUGCAACAGUAUAUGAACAGUCCAGCCAUGAAUAUGUAUAAAAAACGUGAACGCACACAGAAUUGGAAUCAUCAAGAGAAAAAAUUUCUGCUCGACUUGUGUCGGAAGGAUAUGCGUAUUAUAGAAAACAAAAGACUCGAUGCGGGACUGACGGCAGUGAAGAAUAAAGCCUGGAAGAUCAUACAUCAGAAAUUCUCAAGUCAAUUCGGAACAGAUCGUACGUGUAAUCGUUUGAAGGAGCAAUGGCGACGCAUGAAAGCCUGUACGCGUAACGAAAUAUUGGACUACAACAAUCGCUUGGCCAGAUUCGGUGCUGAGGUUGCCGAUCGCAAAAAGCCAUCACCGUUCACAUUCGAAGUGUGGGAAUUCAUGCAGGAGGCAAAGAAAGCCUGCAAAUCUGAAGCUUUAGAUGGCAUUGACUACUCCAAGAUACCGUUGGCGCUCGAGGAGGACUACGAGUAUCGCGAGGACGAACAGAAUGGCGAGGAUGACCAUGAUAUGGACGACAGCCGCACGCCACCACAGGAGCUCUGCGAUGUCGACAUCAAGGAGGAGACCAAUGAGACCUUCAACGACACCAACACACACAAUGAUUCAAUGGCGCUCGGUGAACGCUUAUCGUCCUCCUCGCCGAACCUCAGCCGCCUGGGUGCACACCACGACCUCGAACGCGUCAGCCUACACAGUCCAGCCGGCAAUAUGGCGACGGCCAGCGAACUCGCCAACUCCAGCUAUUUGUCACAGAACGGCGCUAGCGGUGGCGCCGCGGUCGGUGGCAGCGCCGGCGAUAUGGGCGCCUUCCAGCCCGCCUUCAAUAUGAGCAACAUCUCGGCUACCUUGGAAGCUUUGAAUGCGUUGCGUACCGGACAAUUCCCCUCAGCCGCUGCUGCUGCUGCCGCUGCCUUACAGAAUAACUUCGCCGCCGCUGCCGCGCAACAACAACAGCACCAACAACUUAAUCAACAGCAACCACAACAACAACAAAUGUCACCUCGUGAUGAUCAGCCAUUGGUGAAACGUCCACGUAGCUCGAGUGGUAGCGCCAACGGUGAAGAGGUCUUACAUGAUUUAUCUAUGAAUGGCGCCGCUGCUGCCGCUGCCAAUGCCGCAACGGUUAACACAGCCAAUGCGCCCAUCAGCGCCAGCAAUGGUGUUGGCAUGAGCGCGUUGGGCGCGUCCGCUAGCAGCACGCCGGAGAUGCGCGCCUUCAUGGAGAUGCAGAGCAAAGAGCACCUGAUGCGCAUGAAGAUACUCGAAGUGCAGCUGCAGGCGGCCAAAUAUAAUCGCGAUCUGGUCGAGAUCAAUAAGACAUUGGCGCUGCAGAAGUUGCAGGAGCUAGCCAGCAAGCGCUUGACCAGCUAAGCUAGGCGCGUGUGAAUAACGGUGGGUGGAAAUUGUUGGGUAACAAAGUAUUUAACGGUAGUUUUUAUAAGCAUUGUUUGCGUGGAGAGGCAGCGGUAACCAGCGUACGUGUGGACAAGCUGGCGGCAGUUCGAUAAAGCGCUGGCGCACAAUUGUGUUACAUAACGGCGAUUUACUUUUUUUUCAUUUAUUGAAUCAAUUGGAAAAAAUAAUAAUUAUAAUAGUUCGUAUUGCGUUUAUGUAUUUUUUUGUAUGGAAAUAACAUUCCCGUUAGCAGCAGUUUUGUAUUCAAAACCUAAUUUACUGUUACAGCUUAGAAAUAGUUGCUCUUUCGUUUGUUACUGUGUUGCAUGUCACAAAUUUUGUAGAAAAACAAUGAAAUGAAUGAAAUAUAGCAAAAAAAAAAGAAAUUGUUAAAAUAAAAUGUGAAAUCUUA